GGCGUUCCUGGGCUGCCGGGCAGGCCGGGCCGGCCGGGUCCUCCAGGUCCCGCUGGAAUCAUGGGGCUCCCUGGCAGCCAAGGUGACAUGGGAUCUCCAGGCUAUCCAGGACCCACGGGGCCAAAAGGAGACAGAGGAGAGCCAGGCUAUGUCCUGGGAGGAGUGGAGGUGAUUCCUGGCCGGAAUGGGCAGCCUGGCCCCGCUGGACAGAAGGGGCAGCCGGGGGUUCCUGGGGUUCCUGGACCACCAGGUUCUCCAGGGCCACCAGGAAUCUCCAUCAAGGGUGAACCAGGGGAAUCAGGAAUCAGGGGUCCCCGUGGGAGGAGUGGCCUCAAAGGUGACAGAGGAGACGCGGGAGAGCCGGGAAAACCUGGUUUGCCAGGCCCUGUGGGGCUCCAUGGGGCUCCUGGACUGCCUGGACCACAGGGAGAAAAGGGAAUGGCAGGAAUUGGCAUUCCUGGCACUGCUGGCAUGAAGGGGGAAGAAGGAGAGCAGGGAAUGAUGGGACCUCCGGGAGCACCAGGACCAAAGGGAAUUCCAGGACCUCCAGGGCAGAAGGGAGACCAAAUUUUGGGACCUCCAGGCAAGAAAGGUGUGAGGGGAGAUCCCGGACCAGCUGGACCACAAGGAGACAAAGGAACCCCUGGAGAAAAAGGGGAGAAGGGAAGUCCAGGAUUUGGAAUUCCCGGCCAGCCUGGGCUAAAGGGAGACGUCGGUGACAGGGGGCAUCACAGUCCCGCUCACUUUAAUUCAGCAAAAAUUGGCAAAUCCCAAUAUUACGGAUGA